AUGUUCUCUAUCAAGGCGGCCGCACUGGCUGUCCUUUCCUUCUCUUCAUUCCUUGUGGAUGCUGCGCCUGCGCCUAUCUGCCCGGGCACCAACGUUACCUCUACUGACACCAACGUGACUGCCCCUGAUCGUGCAGACAGUAGCGGAUAUAAAAACGUUGUUUACUUUACAAACUGGGGCAUCUACGGCCGCAACUACCAGGCUGCCGACCUUCCAGCCGACAAAAUCACUCACGUCCUGUACUCCUUUGCCAACCUCAAAGAAGACGGAACUGUCUUUUCCUCAGACACCUGGUCUGACACGGAUAAGCGCUAUCCCACUGACUCCUGGAACGACAACGGCACCAACGUCUACGGCUGCGUCAAACAACUCUACCUCCUCAAAAAAGCCAACCGCAACGUCCGCGUCCUCCUCUCCAUCGGCGGCUGGACCUACUCCCAGACCUCCCCCAGCCGCUUCGCCCUGACCGCCUCCACCGCCGAAUCCCGCACCAAGUUCGCCACUUCGGCCCUGACGCUCGUCAAAGACUGGGGUUUCGACGGCAUCGACAUCGACUGGGAAUACCCGGCCUCGGAAACCGAAGCCCAAAACUUUUUGCUUUUGCUCAAGGAAAUCCGCUCGCAGAUGGACAAGUACGCGGCCGCCCACGCCGACGGGUACCACUUCCUGUUGACCAUGGCUGCCUCGGCGGGUCCGUCCAAGUACGGCGUCUUGGAAUCCUCGAUGAAGGAAAUCGGCGAGACGCUGGACUUCAUGAACCUCAUGGCCUACGACUACGCGGGCGCUUGGGAUAAAAAGGCCGGUCACCAGGCUAACUUGUACCCGGACGAGAAGAACCCUGACACGACGCCCUUCUCGACUGAUAGGGCCGUCACGGAUUACAUCAAGUUCGGUAUCCCUUCCAACAAGAUCGUUCUCGGCAUGCCGCUGUACGGCCGCGCGUUCGCGUCGACUGAUGGACCGGGUACCGCGUACUCGGGCGUCGGAGAGGGGUCGUGGGAGAAGGGUAUUUGGGAUUACAAGGUGUUGCCGAAGAGUGGAGCCAAGGUGUUUUUGGAUGAAAAGGUGGGUGCCAGCUGGAGUUAUGAUGAGACGAACAAGGUCAUGGUCAGCUAUGAUACGCCCGAGAUGGUCAAGCAGAAGGUGAGCUACAUCAAGGAGAAGGGGUUGGGCGGUGCCAUGUACUGGGAGGCGUCGGGCGAUCGGACGGAUAAGGACAGCUUGAUGACGGUGGUGAAGGAUGGGUUGGGAACGCUGGACAGCGAGAAGAACUUGUUGGAGUAUCCGGACAGUCAGUAUGAUAACAUGAAGAAGGGCAUGUCGUCGUGA